GUAUUAACGGUUGUUUGCCACGUGGAGACAGACCCAACAGUCCACUUGGCUUCCAGGCGUCUCCACCCGCCAUGCUCCACCGCUUGCUGGUUCAUGUCCUAGCCGAGAAGAACCAAUUUUCAGAGAAAAUUUGUGACAAACUGCCAGAGAUUUCAAUGGAGACGAGGCGGAGCCCGGCGAACAAAGUUCCGACGAUCGAAUCAUGGUUGAGAAAGCACACUCUGGCUUAUACCGGAGCCACCGGACACCUUUUCAUCCACUCCAUCCGAGACGGCACGCUUGACCUCACUCUCUUCAAGCGCUGGAUGGAACAGGAUUAUAUAUUCGAGAGAGCUCUUGUGCCUUUUGCGGCGAGUGUGUUGGUGAAGGCUUGGAAGGCGUCUGAUGAUGGUUCUGAUAUGGAAGCCAUAUUGGGUGGUAUGGCUUCUUUGAAUGACGAGCUUGCCUGGUUCAAGAACGAAGCCUCCAAGUGGGGCAUCUCUCUAUCCGGCAUUGUUCCUCAUGAUGCCAUUAUUCGCUAUUGCAGAUUUAUGGAGAGCCUAAUGGGCCUAGAAGUUGAAUACACAGUGGCUAUAACAGCAGUUUGGGCCAUUCAAACUGUUUAUCAUGAUGGUUUCAUUCACUGUUCGGAAGAAGACUCAAAAAAACCAAAAGAAUUAAGGGAAACUUGUAAAAGAUGGGCCAGCGAUGCAUUUGGUGACUAUUGUCUCUCUCUCCAAGAAAUAGCUAAUAUGUGCCUGGAGAAAGCGCCAGAUGAUGUAGUCUCAAAAGCCGAAGUAGUUUUUCUAAGUGUUCUUGAACAUGAAGUUGAGUUUUGGAACAUGGGCUAUGGAAAAGCUUGAGUACUCCAAUCAGCAAUGCGAUAACAUCAUACUAGUAAGUCUGCUGUUCCUGUUUGCCAAGACACACUAUUGUUGUUUUUAUGCAUAAGCUAAUAGUGUCUUAAGCGCUUCUCAUUGUAACCGAUACCCCUACUAGUUUGAAGUUCAAGUUAUGCUAGUCUUUUAUUUGAAGAUGACUGAUGUCGUGUUAUCUGGAAUUAAUUAGUUUAACAGGUUACCUGAAUGAUUAGGUCCGUUUAUGUCCCCUGUUCAUUCUUCUCUCCUGAUUUUGUUGUGUAAAACAAAUAUGUCUACUGCCCAGUCAUGAAUCGGAUAGUGAAUCACAUGAAAGUAAUUCAGCAUGUAUGGUCUAUCCUACAGAAGUAAUCAGAAGAAGCAGGACAAAUCCAAAGAAAACCAUGCACAUAAUAAACACACCAAAUCAAACCAGAGUUGAUCAUGAAUAAGGUGCUUAGGCGUGAAUUGAUGGAAAGAGCCAUUAAAACUUACAGACAUGUUCCAUCUUAUUUGAAGUAACUAGAACCAGAAGCAGGACGACCCGAGAUAAAACCGUACACCCAAAUAUAACGAAGCAAAUAACAAAACCGGAACUGAACCCGGGAAAACCUAGUGGGAUGUGUACAAUAUUAUCUAUGUACAGGCCCUUGUGAACAUUACUGAAUGUUAUAACAGUGGCUAGUGUUCAAAACUGGAAGAAGCCAGUGGAAGCCAUGAGAGGCAGAGACUGGUGAGGAAGCAGCCAUGGUUGUGGAUUACGUUGGGGAGC